CAUGACCACCACAACCACCUUCCAAGGCCUGGACUCCUCAGGUCGCAGCAGCUCCAGGGUAUUGCAGCCUCCAGGUGGUGGAUCCAGUGUCCCAUUCGGGGUGGAGGAAAAUGUCAAACCAAUGCAUUCCCGUCCAAGCAAAACUGCAUCCAAUAUCUUUGGGCCACCAUUGGAAAAUCAACCUGUGGCUCGAAGAAGCAACCCACCAGGUGGAAAAAGUACUGGUAUCUUUGGGGCAGCUGCCACUGAAGCACCUGAUCUAAAGCAACUGAGAAAUCCUCCUGGUGGCAAGACAAGUGGCAUCUUUGACACUGUGAAAAUGCCUCCCAAAACUCUGGAUAUUGCAACUGGGGAAAGUGAAAGUAGCCCAGGUUCCUCUGAAACUGAAACCCAACUGGAAGCCCAGGGAAAGAGAGGAGAGAGUGUGUCCAGCCCAGCAGAGUCUGCUCAACCUAAAUAAUUAAGGCCCAAGAAAGUCCCACCUGGUGGAGUGUCUAGCCUUGUGCUGGGGUAAAUCCACUGUUCACCUCAUUAUCUCAGCCGCAGAUUGAAUAAAUGUUGAUUUUAUUGUAAAAUUAAACUUUGAGCUUCACCAUUUUGUAUUGGCACUUUACAUUUGAAUGGUCCAUAGGUGCUCAAAACAUGAGGCCUGCUGGAAAAGGCACGCAUCAUUUAUUCCCUGUGAUGUAAAGUACUGAGUGUUUGUUUUUCUUGUGACUUCAGACUUAAUUCUGGCAUUUUGGACUUUGUAUUUGGAUGUGAUUUGUGAUGCAAA